CCAUCUAUCCAAUCAAUCAAAUUGAAUCGAACACCAGCCCAAUUUUUGAAACAUAGGUGAAAAGUCGAAAUUCUCUAAAUUCUAAAGAGGCAUUUACGUUUGGCAAAAAAAAGAAAAAAAAAAAGAAAAAGAGAAGAGGCAGAGGCAUUAACGUAAAGUAACGGAUAACGGUUAGAACAUGAACACGUGAGGGGUCCGUGCCAAAGCUUCAUCUCUCAUUCUGAGUCUCGACUCACUUUUGGCGUUUUUGGACCCCCAUGUUCAAUCGAUCAAAGCUUUUUCUUGUGCUUUCAAAUUUCCGUUUCGUUUCAAUUCAAACCUUCCUUUUUUGAAUUAAAUGGAAAAGGCGAUCAUCCUUGUUUGAUUUCUAACAUUUUUAUUUUGAAUGAAUUAUGCUGAUUGUCAUCAAAUUGAGAGAAAGUGUAGUAACCGAUGAAGAUUACAGAUUAUCUAUUGGGCUAUUCGCCUCCUAUUUGGACAACUUUUGUUGCUGGAGUUUUUUCAAUCAUAACAAUUUCCCUUUCAUUGUUUCUUAUUUUCGAGCACCUUUCUUCAUACAAAAAUCCUGAGGAGCAAAAGUUCUUGAUCGGAGUUGUUCUUAUGGUUCCUUGCUAUUCUGUAGAAUCGUUUGUAUCAUUGGUCCAUCCAUCAAUUAGUGUUGAUUGUUCGAUACUACGUGAUUGCUAUGAAUCAUUUGCGAUGUAUUGCUUUGGAAGAUACCUUGUUGCUUGCUUGGGUGGGGAAGAGAGGACAAUUGCUUUCAUGAGAAGAUUGGGACGUGCAAGUUCUAAAACUCCACUAUUGGGACACAGUUGUGAAAAAGGAACUAUUAAGCAUCCAUUUCCUAUGAAAUAUUUCCUAAAACCAUGGAAACUUGGUCGAUGGUUUUACCAAGUUGUCAAGUUCGGCAUUGUUCAAUAUAUGAUAAUCAAGAUAUUGACUGCUCUUUUAGCAGUAAUUCUUGAAGCUUUUGGUGUGUAUUGUGAAGGAGAAUUCAACUGGGAAUGUGGAUAUCCUUAUAUGGCAGUGGUUCUCAAUUUCAGUCAAACAUGGGCUUUUUACUGUUUAGUUCAAUUUUAUACCGUUACAAAGGACGAACUGGCACCCAUAAAACCAUUGGCCAAGUUUUUGACUUUUAAAUCAAUUGUAUUUUUGACUUGGUGGCAAGGUGUGGCGAUUGCCCUUUUUUAUGCUCUUGAUCUGUUUAGACAUCCAGUUACCGAAGGGUUGCAUCUGAAGUCAAGUGUCCAAGACUUCAUCAUUUGUAUAGAGAUGGGCAUUGCUUCUGUUGUUCACCUAUACGUUUUCCCUUCCAAACCAUAUGAGCUAAUGGGAGAUCCCAUUCCUGGAAGUGUUUCAGUCCUUGGAGACUAUGCAUGUGUUGAUUGCGCUCCGGAUCCUGAUGAGAUUAGGGAAAGUGAGCGACCCACAAAACUACGCUUACCGCAGCCUGACAUAGAGGCUCGAAGUGGAAUGACCAUAAAAGAAAGUGUGAAGGACGUAUUCAUUGGUGGUGGUGAAUAUAUCGUAAAUGAUGUAAAAUUUACUGUAAACCAAGCAGUUGAGCCAGUUGAGAAGGGGAUUACCAAGUUCAAUGAGAAGCUGCACAAGAUCAAAGACCGGAGAAAGACAAAGGAUGAUAGUUGCAUUGCCACUGCCGAACCGAGGGUAAUUCGUGGAAUAGACGAUCCCCUCUUAACUGGGAGCAUGAGUGAUAGUGCGGUAGCAAGGGGAAAGAAACAUUUUAAAAAUUCGGGAAGCACUACCAGUGCGGAAAGUGGAGACAGUAGCUGCUAUCUAAACUCUGGCGGAUAUCUUAUUAGGGGCCGUAGAUGGGUCACAAAGGAUUAAAAGCUUAUAUGAAUUAUUGUGGUUAUAUGAUGAACUACAAACACACCUUGUGAUGGCUUAAAAUAGUCAUCUCCUACUAGUUUCUGGACUGCUGGCUUGCUUCACAUGCCUAACAGCAUUCAUUAUUUUCUGCCUAAGGCGGUAGAAGAACUUUCUUUCUUCUUUCACUUUCCUGAAAUUUUAAAAUCAUUGUUCUAUUUAUAGUCCGUCUAGACAAGUGUUUUCAGGUCGAAUCAAGCUUGAGUAAUGUCUGGAAACCAUUGCCCAGGAAAAAAAAGAGAGUUAUAAACACACUAACAGCUGUUUUGUAUUCUGGCUCUGAAUAUAUAUGUACGGUAUUUGAAAUCA